AUGUGGAGGUUAAUUAGUGGCCGCCACGCCGCGUGCCACCCCCGCCCCGUCCCGCGCGGGGUCUCGGUGCCCCGGUCUGUCGCCACGGCCAGGGAGGAGGCGCAGUGCAGGCUGCAGCGGGAGAAGGCCGAGGAGGGCGGCGCGGACUCGGAGCUAAGCGCGCAGCUGGACCGGCGCCUGGACAUCACCCAGGGCGCCGCACCAGCCCGCCGCUGCAGGGUCUUCAACCCCUACAGCGAGUUCCCGGAGUUCAGCCGCCGCCCCAUCAAGGACUUGGAGCGUAAGUUCAAACUGUACCAUGCCGGACGGGAUGGCUACAUUGACCUGAUGGAGCUGAAGCUGAUGAUGGAGAAGCUGGGGGCCCCCCAGACCCACCUGGGCCUGAAGGGCGUGAUCAAAGGGGUGGACGAGGACUUGGAUGGCAAACUCAGCUUCCGGGAGUUCCUGCUCAUUUUCCAGAAGGCCGCUCCGGGGGAUCUGCAGGAGGACAGCGGGCUGAUGGCGCUGGCGAAGCUCUCCAAGGUCGAUGUCGCCCUCGAGGGCUUUCAAGGUGCCAAGAACUUCUUUGAAGCCAAAGUGCAAGCCUUGUCAUCUGCCAGUAAGUUUGAAGCCGAGUUAAAGGCCGAGCAAGAUGAGCGGAAGCGAGAGGAGCAGGAGAGGAGGCAGCGCCGGGCAGCCUUCAGGGACCUCAAGGCGGCUUUCAGUACCCAGCCGGGCGACCCUGACCUGCGACCACAGCUGGGCCUCACCGACGCCCCGGCCGAGCCUCGCACCCACCGUCCAGUGCACUCCCCAGACAGCCUCGUUGGGAUGCUAGAGGCCGCCCCUGCCCCAGGGGGAGCCGCUCCUGGAGGGUCCUGA